GCGCCUUAGUAACAAAGACGUGGAUUCCUUCUCUUCUCACUGGGUGUUCACUAUGCUGAAGACGCUGGUCGUUGUGCCCAGUCGGGACAAAGAUCAAAAAAGAUGGGAAAUGUACAUAAGUUUACCGUACAGCGCAUCGAGCAGUCAUUUGAUAAACGCUGCCACCUGGAGUGCUGCAAAAGGACUCGUUCUCUCUGCCAACGGGACUCUAUUUCCCGACAAAUUCUCCAACUUCUUCGGCUCCUCUGUCAACAUCACGGCGUUGCCCUACAAACCUUACUGGACUAAGGACGAAUACCCUGACGGAAGGGUCACCUACUCUGGAGCGGAUCGCCUGAUGCUGGAGGCUAUGGCUCAGGCGCUGAACUUCUCAAUUUAUGUGAUGCCUGUGGAGUCGUGGGAUGAGGUCCUCCAACGGGUAUCAGACCGCACGUCCAUGGUUGCAUCUGUCGUCCACAUGGUCCUGCCCCAGAGGCUGCAGAGGGUGGAUUUCACUCGCACCUACGAGCACGGCAUCAACAUCGCCUUCAGCAUGGCCAAGCCGGUCCUGGAACCUCAGUGGCAGAGCCUCUACUACCCUCUGAAGGGCCUCGUUUGGCUCUGUGUCUUAGUGGCUCUUGUCAUCACAAUUGUCUGUUUCAUACUGAUCAUCAUGGUCUCAAUAGAGGAUCACCCGGAGAAGACGUCGCUUUACGGCUUAGUCUUCAUGGACGUCGUCGGCACCCUGCUGGGGCAGACGCUGACCCUCAAGCUGCCCAUGAUCGCUUCCACCAGGAUCAUCCUGUUGUCCUGGCUCGUCUUCACCUUCAUCGUCACUAACCUCUACAGGAGCAACCUCAUGGCUUUUCUCAUCGCUCCUCGAUACCCGCCGAGGCCCGAGUCCCUGGAACAGAUGGUGAAAGUUGCCAAACGGGUAACGAUGCCUUCCUAUGGGGCGGAAUUCCGCGACUACUUGAAGAAUUCUGAAUUCGAGUCCUUCAGGGCCCUGGGGUCUAUGCUGGAUGUUGGAGUCAGUGUCACGGAAGGUCUCAAUCAGGCGCUGGAAGGCAGGCAGUGCCACAUAGACGGCACCCGAUAUUUAGAACAGCAGAUUGCAGAGCACUUCACAGAAGCAAACGGGGAUUCAAGGUUGUACGUAGGGCGCGAGGGCGUCCUCCCUGGACUAAACGCCUGGCCCAUUCCCCAUGACGCCCCUUACAGAGAGAACUUUGAUGCUGUCAUCUUAGCUAUCAUAGAGGGGGGACUUUACAACAAGUGGAUGAAGGAUAUGUUGGACCAAGCGAGAACAGAAGGUCGCCAACGGAAGCGAGAAAAAAUCCAACAGCUGCUGUCUGAACAAAAGACGGUAGAAGAAGUCCCGUCAGACUCGGGGAACAGUAACGAGGCCAAGCCCCUGACUAUCAUUCACCUUCAGGGACCACUUAUACUCGUGUUGCUGGGAGCUGCUGCCGGGUUUAUUGUCUUUCUCUUUGAAGUCCUCUCGAACUACCUUUCGCCAAAGCAGGGAGCUGGAAGCGGUGUACUACAGAUGUAAGAGCGAUCUCUCAUUUAGAGCUCAGCGCACUGACAGAACUUAACUGUCGUGGCGGCUUUGUUGCUGCAUUGAAAAAUACUGUCGUUCAAGUCACUUUUGAAAUACAUUUAGAUGACUCCAACUAAAACUGAGCUUUUCUGAAAACUUGAUUGCUGGAAAUUCGUCGCAAGUAUUAAAAGCUUUGGCCUGUGAUUUUCCUGGAACUAAAUUUCGUGAUCCGCAUUCAGCUGAAGGAGUUAUUCAUUAAUAAACAGAAACUUAAAUCCGACGCUCAUUAUGGUAUUAGGAAGACUUUUCUCAGUUGUACAAAAAGGUCUAAGAUUGUAAUUGCGUUCAUAUCUACUAAAAGACUUUGAUAUUAUAUGUGUCCCUGCCCGCUUCAUAAGUAUUGGUACUCAAGUUUUAAGUGUCCCAGAGAACUGAAGAUGUAUUAGGUAGAACACUCGUAUAUCAAAUGUAUUCAUAUAUCAUAUAUUAGCAAAUAAAGAGAGUGAAAAUGACACCGAAGCUCUCGAUUAAAUUUUUAGUGUUUUAAGUAUUUCUCCCGUCAGCAGUUUUGAAAGUAAAGAAGUUCUUUGGUGGUAAAUUGCAAGAUACGUGGAAAGCUUCCGUGGAAGAAGGUUAAAGUUUAAAUUGUUUUGAACCCUUGUUUUCCCAUCAAUGUUUUAUUGAUUUUGGUUCCUUAUAAAGCCUUGGUUGCUCGAAUUUUGUCGCUUUAAUGAAAGCUUUGGGAAAGUUUAUAAGUAUUCAUUUCCAGCCCUUAUUAAUCGUGAUUUGUUUGUUUGUAUGGUGUUUUUACGUUGCAUGGAAUCAUUGGUUAUUCAGCAACGGGACCAACGGCUUUACGUGACUUCCGAACCACGUCGAGAGUGAACUUCUGUAAUGGGAAAAAUAUUCCUUUAAUUAUUAGUGAUUUAUUUAGGAAUUGAUUCGUCCUCCUCCUCUAAUAUCUUUACACUACUGUUGUAAGAGUGAUUGGAACUGUGAAAUGUUUUUGUUGUGGACACGAGUGCAUGGCAGUGUAGCCAGUCCCUUGUUUUGUUUUUUCUCUCACUUUGAGUAUGGGAGCGCUGCCCUGAAUCUUUCGUCUGCCUUUGGUAACACUAGAAAGAACAUGUAAGAAUCACGAAUGCUCUCGCGUGAGAACGACGUCAGCCGGUCCACCCUUCAAUGUGGCUAUUUUACCAAAUUAUUAAUACAAAUGAUUAUCUAUCCCUUGCAAGGGAUCUAGUCCAGGAGUUCUGAAGACUAGGUAAAUUAACCAAGUCCAGGAGACUAGGCCUGGGAGAAAUUUGGCAUGAUGUAAUGAGUAAUAAAGAAACAAGCUGAGUACCAGGAAUUUUCUUCAAUACCCCUAAAAUGGAAAUCAGCACUUCAGUUGCCUCCCUGUGAGAAGACAUCACCUGGCCUCAUCAGUAAUAAGACCCAUACACACAUGGAAUAUCAUGUAAUAGCAGGUAGGACAGGCCUACCCUAAGUCCCAGGCAGCGUAAACGUCAUUAGUCUUCAUACCCACCGUGUCAACUAUGACACAGUACCAUUCUCCGACCCCUGUCCCCAGGCAAGAAGACUGACAACAGUGCAUAUGUACAGUAGUAUUAUUAUCUUUGUAUAUGUAUAGUACCUAGCAUUAUUAUUAUCGUAUCAUAAUGUCAUGGUGAGGGA